UUCCAGCUGAUCGGCGCUCCCGCGAAGAAGCGUAUUUCGAAGAGGGUGCGAUGUGAUUUGUUGAGUUCGGUGCGGAGGAGUAUCCGAGGUGGAAUCGCGAUUCGGCUGUGUUGGUGUCCGUCCGGUUCGUCGUCCAAGAGUGGCCAAGACUCAAGCUGUUGCAGGCUUCGAAUGCGUUUUCCACUCGCGUUGUUUGACACCAUUCUGCAACGGGACGUUGGCGAAACGUUGCUUCACGCAUUUAUCAAACGUACGCGACAACAUUACGUUAGACGUUGCGGGACUCCAGCACGUACUGUGCUAGCACUUUGUAACAUACAAUCGAGACGAUCUGCGAUUUCACUGUUUAGGCGUUCCUUUCUUUGUGCGUGGCGAAUUUUACAUACGCAGACAUUCGUCUCCGAGAAAAAGCGCCGGUUGCUUGUACAUCGACGCAUGAUAUUUCGAAUAAUCUUGAACGACAUACGCUUGUAUCUCGCUGUAUUUCGUUCAAGAUCCUCUCGUGACUAACCUUGCGGAAUGCAUCAAGCAUUUGGAAUCAAGCAAGAUAUAACUGCGAGUUUUUAGUUGUGAUCGAGACAUUCUUGUGAAUGAUCGCUUGAAUACACGAUAUGAGUUCCUCUUGUUAACUAAUAACAUAAGCCGAUACAGAAAAAAAAAGAUAUUAGAAAAAUACGUACGUCCAUUGAUAGGAUGCCACCAAGACGAGCAGAAGAUGUGCCUAUGAAGAGAAUAGCAGCUGCAGGUUGUAAAUUACCAGCGCAAUUGCCAGCAGGAGAAAUCUUGACGGAUAUUACACAGAAUAAAUGGAGACUAGGGAAUACCAUUGGAUAUGGUGGUUUUGGAGACAUAUAUCUUGCCUCUAAUGACAUUACAUCACCUGUUGGUCAAGAUGCAAAGUACGUCAUAAAGAUUGAACCUCAUAAUAAUGGGCCAUUAUUUGUCGAAAUGAAUUUUUAUAUAAGAGCAGCACGGAAGCACAUGAUUAAAAGUUGGUGUGAAUCUCAGGGAAAGAAGAGAAUUGGUGUACCCACAUAUGAAGGAUCAGGAUCUCAUUUUUAUGGAGGUCAUCGAUAUAGGUUUCUAGUAAUACCUCGAUAUGGCGUGGAUAUCGGAAAAUUAUUUCUAUCGCAUAGAAAGAAAUUACCAACAAAACUUGUUAAUACGUUAGCUGUUCAAAUGCUUGAUGCAUUGGAAUAUAUUCACAGUAAAGGAUAUGCUCAUGCAGAUAUUAAGGGACCAAAUAUCUUGUUAUCAUAUGGGAAUGAAAUAGGAAAGGAAAAGUCGAUGGCAUACUUGGUAGAUUAUGGACUGGCAUAUCGUUUCCGUACAGGAACCGGUGAACAUAAACCAUUUGUACAUGAUGAGAGAAGAGCUCACGAGGGUACUUUAGAAUUUACAUCGCGGGACGCUCAUCAUGGAACACAUUCAAGGAGAGGAGACUUAGAGACUUUAGGAUAUAACAUUAUACAAUGGUUGUGUGGAAAGUUACCUUGGGAAAAAGAUAGUGAUGAGAUAGGUUUCACUAUGAAUCCUGAAGAAGUUCAUCAACAAAAAGAGAUUCUUUUAUCAGACUUAUCCCUAUUUAUGGACAAGUGCUUUCCUGACAAGAAAAAACCGCCAGCUGCGCUCAUGAAAUAUAUGAAGUGCAUUACCGAACUAGAAUUUGAGACCAAGCCGAAUUAUUCUUAUUUACGGAAUUUAUUUCUACGUAGUGGCAGUCAAGAUGGCAAUAUUCCUAUAUGUCUUUAUAACAUGAAAGAGUCAAAUGAAAAUCUUACAAGCUCUAUAUUUUUUGAGCGUCCAUAUUUAAGAGAAAGGAAACCUUGUAGACCUGUAAACGGCGAGAUACGAAUAACACGAAAUACUCAGCCUAAGCAACCAGUUCAGAAAAAAGAAUUUAGUUGGGAAGCAGUAUUAGCAUUACAUCCAGACAAACUUGCAAAAAUCAGUACUCAACUGCCAUCUUCGCCUCUCACACCGCCUCUUACACCACCAUCGUCCACAUCCCCGCGGCCACCGUCUCUGCCGACAUAUGCAAUGUUAGAUGUACUUCGUAAAAUGAAGGAGAGACAAUCAGGUUCAUUUAGGCAUAAAGCAAUACCGAAAUCAUCAGAUAAUGAACUCAAACCAAAAUGGAUGACACCCGCAAUGGAAGAAGUUGCGCGAUUAAGGAAAAAAAUGACUGAAGUGUCCAUUUCUGUAACCGACUCCCAAAAUAGUUCGCGCGUGACACGUUCACGUGUGGCAAAGAGAAAACAAUCUGGCGCUCAGGAGCAACAUAAAGAAAUAAAGGAUGAUUCAACCAAUAGCAAGGUUACACAUAAAAGAAGGAAAAUUUCAUCUUGUUAAAGAAAGUUGGAUCCUAUUAAGAGACACGGUAGUGUCUCGCGUCAAGUAUAUCCGCCCAUACUGGGCGUAGGAGACACUACAAUGCACCUUAACUCGAACGUCGAAUUGAUCGAAAUUAGUAUUACAAAGACCUCUGACAAUGAUCAUCGGCAUUCACAGCAAAUAUUAAGUAUUAUUUGAUAAAAUCUCAUCCAUUAAUGAUGUUAUAGAUAUACAUCGCGCCAAUUUAUUUAAGACUGCUUCAUUAUUGUAUUAUUUGCUCUUUGAUAACUUUAUCUGGUACAUAUAGAAUUCUAAGUAGUUGUAUA